AGGUAGGGGUGCUCUGGGGUCCCAGGCAGCUUCUCCUGUGGGAGCUGGAGGAGUUCGCGCACUUCGACUUUGGGGUCUGGAGGAAGCGCUACAUGCAGUGGAUCAGCCAGAUGAAGUCCCGUGUCCUGGACGUUUUCCGCGGCAUCGACAGGGACCAGGACGGGCGCAUCAGCCAGCGGGAGUUCAUCGAGGGCGUCCUCGCCUCCAAGUUCCCCACCAACGUCCUGGAGAUGAACGCCGUGGCCACCAUCUUCGACAUGAACGGCGACGGCUUCAUCGACUACUACGAGUUCGUCAGUGCUCUGCACCCCAACCGGGACCCCCUGCGCCGCUCCGCCGACGCCGACCAGAUCCAGGAUGAGGUGAACAGGCAGGUGGCCCAGUGCAACUGUGCCAAGCGCUUCCAGGUGGAGCAGAUCAGCGCCAACAGGUACCGGUUCGGGGAGUCCCAACAGCUGCGGAUGGUGCGGAUCCUGCGCAGCACCCUCAUGGUGCGGGUGGGCGGGGGCUGGAUCGCCCUGGACGAGUUCCUGGUCAAGAACGACCCCUGCAGAGUGAAGGGAAGGACCAACCUGAAGAUCAACGAGAAGUACCUGUCCCCGGACGGUUUCGGGACCGCCGCCAGGUGUGCGGGGAACCAGUCGGCCGCCUCCUCCAAAGUGCUGUCCCCGAGCCGCUCCAACUCCAGCCUCAGCCUCUACAGCAGCGCCUCGGCUCCCAGCAGCCCCCUGGCCAGGAAGUCGGUGCUGCGGAGGACGCGCUCCGGGGAUCGGUGUCCGCGCUCCCGCGGCUCGGGGCUGCCCGACGGAGCCGAGCUGCAGUUCAGCGCUGCCGAGGAAAGCCUGGCUGUGGCACUCCCAGAGCCGCCCGAAGGGUCCCCCCCGGAGCGCUGCAGCCCCUGCCGCUGACCCCCGCGCCCGCCCUGCGCCAGCCCCCUCGGCCGGCCCCACUCAGGACCCUCCUCCCCGAGGCCGGAGGACGGCGAAGCCGCGGCCGUGCGCCCCGCGGGGCUCCGGCCCGGCGCUGCGGCUCCCCGAGCGGGGCUGAGCUGUCUGUCCGUCACCGAGCCCGCCGGGACUGGCCCCGGCGGAUAUGCAAGUACCCCCCCGACACCCUCCAAGCCCCCGGGCGCUGGUCCCCUUCCCCGCGGCUCCACCGGGCAGCGCGGGGGGAUCCCGACCCCCGAGUGCCCGGGGCUGCGGGUCCGGCCGGGCAUCCCCGCGCUGGGCCCUGCGCCUCUCCCGCGCCGUCGGCUCGGAGCGGCCGCGGGGUCCCCCCGGCAUUCGGCGUUGCUGACGGGGGUCCCCCACCCUGCUGCCCACGCCCCGGCGGGAGGUGGCCGGGCUCGGUACCCCCCGGGCCCCCGUUUCUGGUGCUAACCCUCACCCCUCUGCCUUCGGUGUGUGCGCAGGGGGCCCCGGCUCCGGCCGCCCCCCGCCCCGGUGGGGCUGCCACGGGCGGGGGUCCCUCGCGCCCGCGCCCCCGCCCCGCCGGCGGCCCCGGCGGGCAGCGGGACCCCCGCCCUGCUGCCGCAUGUUCACGCACCCCGCUAACCGGACAGCAGUAGAGCUGAAUGUAACCCCGGCCGGGCCCGCCCGCCGCCACAAUAAACUGUAGUGAGGUUCCUUUUUCUA